UUUUGUCUUGAGAUCAAGUAUAAUCUGCACUGGAAUUGCUGCCCUUUGAAUUGCAGGCUCAGGGCAAAAGUAGGGUAAAGGUAGAUACAAAGUAGAAGCAAAGAAAUAAAGUCUGAAGGAGCUGCAGAUGGGGUUUUUUGUGUUUUUGGUUUUUUUUUUAAGAAGAAGUACCUGAACAUUUACUUCUAUGCACUGAACCAUAAAUUGUUUGGUUUAAUAAUUUUCCAGCAGAAAAGAAACUGUAUUUGAGGCAUUCAGACUAUCAAACAGAAGGAAAAACAGCAGCUCAAAACAUAUCCCGCCUGGUUUAUGAAAACAGGAGUCACAUCUCCAGAUGAUGGAAGAAAAAAAAUUUAUAAAACAUGGGAAUAAGGAUACAACACAGCUACAACUGAAGCCUCAUGUGCCUACGUGCUGAUCGUGACGGCCGUGUACUGGGUCUCCGAAGCUGUACCUCUUGGUGCAGCAGCCUUAGUUCCUGCUUUCCUGUACCCACUUUUUGGAGUCAUGAAGUCCAGUGAGGUGGCUGCUGAAUAUUUCAAGAACACAACUUUGCUCCUCAUGGGUGUGAUUUGUGUGGCAGCUUCUGUAGAAAAGUGGAAUCUCCACAAGCGAAUUGCCCUGCGCAUGGUCAUGAUGGCUGGAGCCAAGCCCGGCAUGUUGCUUCUUUGCUUUAUGUGUUGCACCACGGUGCUCUCCAUGUGGCUUUCCAACACAUCCACCACAGCCAUGGUGAUGCCAAUUGUGGAGGCAGUGCUCCAGGAGCUGGUGAAUGCUGAGGAGGAGUGUGAGGUCAUCAGUACUGAAGGCAGCACCAUUACUGAAGAAAAGAAGCCAAUAGGUCUCAGCGAAAAGCAUGGCCAACCUUCACUGGAGCUUAUCUUCAUCAAUGAGGAUGCUACUACUACUGACUUCAGCUCCUUGAUGCACUCAAAGAGUAUGAAUGGUAUGCACAUGAUAGCCAACCCUACUGGCACAAUGAAUUCUCAGAGCAAUGGGCAGCACCUACCCCAGGCUCAGAUCCUGGUCCUUCCUCCUGAACCCUCAGAUCUAGGCCUGACUACUAAGUACCGGUAUCAAACCAGACACGACCACAUGGUCUGUAAAUGCCUCUCACUGAGCAUCUCCUAUGCAGCAACCAUUGGGGGACUGACAACCAUCAUAGGGACCUCCACCAGCCUCAUAUUCUUAGAGCACUUCAAUAAUCAAUACCCCAAUGCUGAAGUGGUGAAUUUUGGAACCUGGUUUUUAUUCAGUUUCCCCAUCUCCCUCAUCAUGCUGGUGCUGACUUGGUUCUGGAUGCAUUGGCUGUUCUUGGGUUGCAAUUUUAAGGAGACCUGUUCUGUGAGCAAAAAGAAGAAGACCAAACGUGAAGAAAUGUCAGAAAGAAGAAUUCAAGAAGAAUACAAGAAACUGGGAAAUGUUAGCUAUCCUGAGAUGGUGACUGGAUUCUUCUUCAUUCUGAUGACCUUGCUUUGGUUUACUCGUGAGCCUGGCUUUGUACCAGGAUGGUCAUCUUUUUUUGAGAAGAAAGGUUACCGGACUGAUGCCACUGUCUCUCUAUUUCUUGGUUUUCUCCUUUUCCUGAUUCCAGCAAAAAAGCCAUGUUUUUGGAAAAGGGAAAAAGGAGGUGGUGAAAAGUCAACAGACAUUAACACAAUGGAUCCCAUCAUUACCUGGAAGGACUUCCAGAAGACCAUGCCCUGGGAGAUUGUAGUGUUGGUUGGAGGAGGUUAUGCCUUAGCAGCUGGAUGCAAGACCUCUGGCCUCUCUACGUGGGUUGGACGUCAAAUGCUCUCCCUGAGCAGCCUUCCCUACUGGGCUGUAACCCUGCUGGCUUGCAUUUUGGUAUCCCUGGUAACAGAGUUUGUUAGUAACCCAGCAACUAUAACCAUCUUUCUGCCUAUUUUAUGCAGCAUGUCAGAAGCCCUGCUUAUCAACCCUUUAUACACCCUGAUUCCUGUCACCAUGUGUAUCUCCUUUGCGGUGAUGCUGCCAGUGGGUAAUCCUCCAAAUGCCAUUGUCUUCAGUUAUGGGCACUGCCAGAUUAAAGAUAUGGUGAAAGCUGGCCUGGGUGUAAAUCUGAUUGGCCUGGCUGUUGUCAUGGUGGCAAUUAACACCUGGGGAAUUCGACUCUUCCAGCUGAAUUCCUUUCCAGAAUGGGCAGCAGUUAGUAACAUCACUAGCCAAAUAUAAUCUUCAAUUAAAAAAAAAAAGAAAAAAAUAAAAACAAAAAGUGCAAGACCAAAGUGAGUUGGGACAAAAUAUUAAACGUCCAUUGCACAUAUGAAAGAAAGAAGAAAACUUGUGUAAACAUAGAACCUGGAUCCAUAGCAAAACCAUGAAGAAAAUCCACAGGGAAGUCUUCUGCAAAAGCUUUUCAGUUCUGAAAAUCAGUGUGAGUUAAAAGGAGAGAUUAGCUUUGCUCUGUCAUUGCUUUCCCUGGGAUACCAUAGCUCUGAAAAAAAAUCCUCUCCUUCGAAUUAUCUGCCCACAGCUUUUUCAUACCUUUGAACAAUUAUGCAGGACUUGUGCACAGGACUCAAAUAGUGGAAGACAAGUACACAUACACUGGUGUACUCAGCAGUGGGAUAUUCAGUCCUACCAUUGACUUCUACAGUGAAUACAGAGGGAGUCUUAUUCCCAACCCUGGGUUUUAUAAGCUUACUUCUUUAAGGGCAAAUUCUUCUUCUUCUUUUGAGGUGACCUAUCACUGUGGUGUAAAAAUCCACUUUCCCACCUAACCCAUAUGACCUGGACCGAAAUACAACUACCAGCUACAGCUCUUCAAAGGGAUAACAGAAACCUCCAGAGAGGAAGGCAAAGUCUCUUUGGAAGGAGAUUUUUUUUUUUCCCCCCACAGCACUAGUAUAAAUUUCCAAUAUUGCAGUACUUGCAAUCUCUGCUUUGGAAGGUAGAGCUUCAGAAAGAGAAAGCUUUGUUCAGUACCUUUUUUUAUCAUUGUUGAAGUGGGAGUUCUUUCAGCAGGGGAAGUUAUAACCAGCAAAACCUUACCAGGCCAAGACACCCACAGCUCUCCUCUCUCUUUGUCAUGCAGUUACAAUUCCCCUGACAGAGAAAGUACAGUCUCAUCCAAGAUGGCACUUAGUGCUGCUCCAUGAGUAAGAAGGGAGAGGGCUGAAGUGGAGUAGUGCUGGUGGAUCUCCCCAUCCUGUGCAUUCACUUAAACAUCACACCCACCUGCUCUCUACCAGCCCAGAGAACAGGAACUUCAAACGUAGGAAAGUCUGACACAGAACAGAUAACUACCAAACCAA